GCGAGAGGUAUGGCUGGCGCACCCGGCUGGAGCGGCCUAAGGAAGCUCCAUUUGUGUGUUCGCGGGAAGGUUGGUCCAACUCCUGCGUGACGAGGUCGGGAGGGUCCCGCGCUACCUAUGAGUGGUGCCAGAUUGAUGCGCUCGACACCGCUGGGGAUAGGGGGUUACAACUUUAUCUUUGAUGUGCGGGACAACCUCUUUGGAUUUGUCGAUGGUCGGGUCAUUCGCACGAAGACUGGGGAAACGAUGGCCCGAUGCAUCGAAGAAUAUUACCUACGCUACCCCUUUGUCUCAAGAUUUGUGAUGGACAGAGGAUCUGAGUUCACCUAUGCGGAAGUAAAAACUCUUUUGAAGAGGUAUGGGGUAAUCGCCGAGUACACUACUGCGGCGCACCGUCAAGUUAAUGCACCGGUGGAAAGAGGGCAUAGCACCAUCACGAAUCUUCUCGCCAAGUGGACUGAUGGCAGACCCCAUCAGUGGCCAAAUUUUCUAAGGAUCGCUGGAAAGAGGCCAAAUAUUACUGUCAGGAGAAGAACCGACUAUGCACCGACCACGUUAUGGUAUGGCAGGCAUGCCACAUUUCCUAUUGAAAGCUUCCUAAAGACCUGGAGGCGGCAGAAUCUCGAGACUGAUCUGACGUUUGAAGAACUGCUUGACUUAAGGGCACGUCAAAUUGAUGCUAUAGAAGACAGGAUUGAGGAGGCGGCCAGUAGGACGGCUUACAGUCGCGCCAAGGACAAGUUCAGGUGGGAUAAGAUGGCGAGGGUAAGGAAAGAACCCCUCAAGGUAGGAGACAUUGUGUUGUUGUAUGACUCAUCGUUGGAGAAGCAGUGGUCACGGAAGCUGGACAAGAGGUGGUUGGGACCAUACAGGGUCACCAGGUGUGGGAAGCACGAAGCCUAUCAGAUUGAGGAGUUGAACGAGACGGCGUGGAAAAAUUGGGUGUCAGGCUCGAGGAUGAAAAAGUUUGUGGCUCAUGACCAGGUGAUAAUGGGCCGCAGCAGCUUGACACCGCUGGGGGCAGCCAUGCCAAGAGGGAGGGGAGGGGCAGAGCCAGUGGAACCCCCCCUGGGGGCGACCAGACAGAGAGCGCAGAUGGGCACCAGGAGAGAGGACAGGCCUCCGGUUUUCCAGGGAGGGAACAUUGAGUUGUUCCUGAUUGAGUUCGAGAGGCAUGCUCGGGAAUUUGGAUGGGAUGGCACCAGGAUGCUAAGAGAGGUACUAGGCACAGGCGAGUGGACAGACCCCAUUGCCAACCUUGUCAGGGAGUCACUAACCUGGCAGGAUUUUGAGAGGAAGAUGGAGGGUUUGCACCCAUCACUAGUGGGAAGAGAUGGACAGCCCAUCCGAUUCGACUCCACUAAUCUGGGGGAAUUUCUAUGGGCUUAUGACCAAUAUGCGGAUGAGCUGGAUAUUCCAGGGGAGCAGAGGACGGGGAGUUUUCUCCUGUACGUAAGGCGACACAUCAGGUCAUUCGUCAGGUCUAUAGUGACACCUGCAAUGAGUUGGGGUCACUGCAAGAAGCUGUUGUGGAACUACUAUACCCCAACGCGUCAGGCAGGUGAGAGAGGGAGUUUGGAAAAGAGAAGGAGGGAGCCGGAGGCAGAGGAGAGGAGAACCUUUGAGCGAGGCAUGUCAUCAGGGACUCAAAGAGAGGACAGGAGGAAGGAGCCCAGAUCCCACAGGCACGAAAGAGCAGGAAGAUCAGGUGGUCCAGGGGUGCCUCCACAGCCUGCUCGGAGGGAGGUGGAGUGUCCCAUGCCAGACGUAGAACCAGGCGAGCCUCAUGAGCCACAGGUACAGGAACAGAAGGAGGAGCAGUCUGCCCAGGAGAAGGAAUUGGACAGAAAAGAGAGAGAGGCAAGGGACCAGGAGAUCAAGGUUCAACUCAGGAUGAGGAACCUUGCUGAGCUGCAUGAAAGGAUGCAGCAAAGAAAAGUGCCUGAGGAGGUGGAUGAUAGAAGGGGUAAGGGCACUUGCACCCAGGAGGAGGACCUGCCCCUGUUUUCAGAAGUCUGGAUCGGCUUUGACAGGCUAAUGGAGGUUGCAGGAAGAUCUGGAGGACAUCACCAAGAGAUGGGGGUCAAAUUGGUCUCUACAGACCUAUUUAACCUGAGGGGUGUGAUGAGGGAAGGCUUCGCAGCAGCCAGAGCCUCGGAUCAGAAGGUCGGAGAAAGAUUGACGAAAGUGGCACAAAAGAUCAGGGAACGACCUGUAGCAGAAGCCUUCAGGUGCCAGAAGGAAGAAGAAAAGGCGGACCAGCAGGAGGGCGAGGAGAUUCCCCUGAUAGAUAAGGAAAUGUUGGAGCCGAGAGGGGAACUUGCUGUGAAGAGCUCACAGGUUGGAGGAUUUGAGUGGAGGAUGCCGGCGGGUCUGACACUGGGACAGGAGUCGGCGAUGCCAGAAGAGAGGCCAUCAGCUGAGGCAGUGAGAGUUGAGGCAGUUCUACCUACAGCUCAGGGAGAGACCAUGGGACAACAAGAGGGUCAGAAGAGCGUGGGCCAGACCAUGGUUGAGACUGAGCCGAGGGUGGGCUUGAAGAAACGUCAGGGAUCAGUUAUACCGCAGGACAUGCCUCUGGUUGCGGGGUUGAGGGACGCUUUGGGAUCUUGGGCCACUGGUUCGGGGCCAGAGGGACGUGUCGGCGAGCAGGUGAUGCCAAUAGAUGAGAGAGCAGCCUGCCCCACUUCCCCAGAGGUCCCACAACAGGAGGUCACGAGUAAGAUCUCAGCAGUCCUGUCAUCAGUACCUUCGCAGGAAGGAGACAAGACGUCCCAAAAGAAGGUUGGCAAGUGCUUUUACUGCAAGAAGGGCAAGCAUCGAUCUGACGACUGCCCCAAGAGCCUCAAAGAUAAAGCGAUGGGUUUGUUAUCAGAGAGUCCACUGGAGUGUGGAGGGACAAGAAUGGAGUCCUAGUUCCUAAAACUCGUGAUGGGGUAAGGGCGCAGUUGUAUAGGCAGCUGCAGGAGGUCAUGAGUGAUUAGGAGUAGGAUUUUCUAAUAAGGUCCGGAAAGGUCUAAAAUCUAAUAUACGC